UUUAUUUGGUUCAAUAUUGACAAUAAUAUUUGCCUUAUAAAUACUUAAAACAACAUUAAAUGGCUGCUUUACAAAAUAAGAAACAUAAAAGGAAAACUAUACAACACAGUGAUCCAGGGAAAAUUUUAGACUUGGUCGUCAAUCUGUGUGACGAUACAUGUGCCCACUUACAAGUUAAAGUAAACGCAUACAUGACGCCAAAACUUAUAGAAUCGGUGAAAUCGCAAAUGGAAAUUACAGACCUGCUCAGCAACUUCGGUGAGGAUUUUCAGGAUAUAGUUACCCCCUUUGUAUCAAAAGAAGAAAAGAAGCCUUGUAAGAAGCGGUUUGUGAUGCUGCCGAUUGUGGACAAGCCGUUCUCUCUGAUCGUCUGCGUCCUCUCUCCGAAGAUUCUUGAAGAAGAAGUCGCUUGCAUCAUCUAUGAAUGUUUCCUGUUCACUUGGCCUACUUUGAAGAAGACCAUUGCUUAUGAAUACGAAUGCACUCUGAAACAAAAGUGUCAGCAGCUUUUACGUAUGGCUAGGCGAUUGUUCACACAAGUGGCGUCUUUGGACACGCUGCUCCAAAUCGCGAUGGAGCAGGCGAAGUUGCUGACUAAAGCGGAGUACUGCUCCGUGAAAAUGGUGGACGUGGAUCGCAUGGAGUUGGUCGAAGCGCCGUGGCAGGCGCCCACGCAAGGGGUUGUGCGACCGGAACUCGGCCGUUUUUACUCGCAACAACAGCAAGAUGAGAAGGAAGUCACUGAGAGAAGAUUCACGAUGGACCUCGGCAUCACCGGCCAAGUUUUAAAGUCCGGGGUCCUCAUCAACUGCAAGUCGGCCACCUCGCAUCCUGCUUUCAAUUCCACCAUUGACACUCUUCCAGGAGUUGACUGCAAAACUCUUCUUUGCUUCCCAAUACGUGAGCAAACUGGGAUCAUCGGCGUCGGUCAGCUGAUCAACAAAGUGGGAGACCCUUACUUCGACAGCAUGGACGAAGAGAUGGCGCUCGCGUUCAGCAUCUACUGCGGCGUCUGCAUCACACACUCUGUCGUCUACAGGAAGAUCCAGGAGGCUCACAUCAGGAAUGCCUUGGCUAAUGAGCUCGUCAUGUAUCAUAUGAAGGUGGGAGACGGCGAAGUGUCGCGUCUGCUGGAGUGCACGGGGUUCCACGGCCACCCACACAUCCAGUCGCUGCACUUCAACGUGCGCGCCAUCCCCUUCCGCGAGCUACCCUGCUACGCGUACAAGAUGUUCUUCGACCUCGAAUACGAUAAGAAGUUCCAACUAAAGCAUCAGAAGCUGGCGAGGUUCAUACUCCACGUGAAGAAAGGUUACCGUGAUGUGCCGUACCAUAACUGGACACACGCGUUCAACGUCGCGCAGUGGGCGUACGCGUCUCUGGUCAACUUCAAGCUCGUGCCGCAUGGAUACUUUAGUGAACUGCAAGGGUUGAUGUUUUUGGUGGCGGGCCUCGUGCACGAUUUAGACCACCGCGGGACCACUAACAGCUUCCAUCUGCAAGGCCAAACGACGCUAGCGGCGCUGUACUCAAGCGAAGGCAGCGUGAUGGAGAGGCACCACCUCGCGCAGGCGAUGUGCAUCCUCAACACAGAGGGCUGUGAUAUCCUGGAGUCGCUGCCGCGGAGGGAGUACGAUCGCGCCAUCAUCACGCUCAGGGACUUUGUUCUCGCUUCCGAUUUGAGUAACUACUUCAAAAACAAGCCGGAUUACAUGCUGAUAUCCAAUGACUUCCUGAAAGGCAACCGAGUGCACAACGCGGCUCUACAAGCGCUGCUGAUGAAUGCCGCCGACCUCAGUGAUCAGCUCAAGGAUUGGGGCAGUGUCAAGAAAACUGCGGCGGCGGUCCUGACUGAGUUCUUCAAGCAGGGCGACGUGGAGAAGAGUCGCGGUGACCUGCCAGCCGUCAUUAUGGAUAGAGAUAAGUGCUUCAUACCCGAGUUGGAGAUACAGUUCCUCAGCGACACCUGCAUACCGCUGUUCACAAUGCUGGGUAAGAUGAUACCUAAGGCGGCUGCAUGCGUCAAGAUUGUGGAAAACCACAUCGAGAGAUGGGAUGCGGCAAAACCUAUAUUUCAAGAGGUACCUAUCACAGCCGGACUGUCAGUACUGUUGAGUCCGGAACUGGACAACCUGAUAGAGUUGAACCUGCAAGAGAAGGAACGACUGGCGAAAGAGGCCGAGGAGGAGGCGGCAGCGGCCGCGGCGGAGGAGCAGACCUAAUUACGAUACGAACCAGCGCCCGCGACGCGACAAGUACCGCGGACUAAGACAAAUACCGCGCGCUUCAACAAAUACCGCGGGCUUCGACAAAUACCGCGAGCUUCGAUAAAUAUCGCCUGUUUCUACAAAUACCGUCUAUUUCGAGAAAUACCGUGGGCUUCGAUAAAUACCACGGACUCCGACAAAUACUAAUUUCGACCAACGGAUCACAGCGUGUUCUACACAGACAACAUAGGUAAGUACGUUGCGUCUAUUUAUCGAAGCACGCGAUAUGUAUCGCGUCUACAGACUCAUCCUGCUUAUAUAUAAUAUUUAUUUUAACAAAUUAUUAUUGGAAUUAUGUGACAUUAUUAAUAACAUUGUUUGAUAAUUUGUAAAAGUCGUUGGUAAACUGAGCGGCCUUUAGAAAUUUUGUUUUAUUUUGAAAGUAGGA